AUGUUGCUCCCAUCUCCGACUUCCAUCUCAAUCCCUCCAAAACCUUACAUUUCGCAAUGCUUUCUGUACAACCGAUCGUCAUCCACCUCUCGCCGCCGUCUCAAUCUCCGAUCCAUGGCUAAGCAAACCGGCGAAGAAGUUUCCACCAACGGGAUUACAGAGAAACUGGCAAUAGCCGGUGGGUUAAUCGCGAACCCAGUAAUCGGGUGGUCUCUUUACACCCUGAAGACCACCGGCUGCGGCCUGCCGCCUGGUCCCGGCGGAUCCCUUGGCGCAUUGGAAGGCGUUAGCUACUUGGUGGUGGUGGGGAUUGUGGGGUGGUCUUUGUAUACCAAAUCGAAAACCGGGUCGGGUCUACCUAAUGGACCUUUUGGGUUGUUGGGUGGUGUUGAAGGGUUGUCGUACUUGGCAUUGGUGGCGAUUUUGGUGGUGUUUGGAGUUCAGUUUUAUCAGCAGGGUUCGCUCCCUGGUCCGGUUCCCGUUCCCGGUGACCAGUGCUUUGGUUGA